AAAUGGCCGAAUACCGAAGACAAAUAGAGUAUUCACACAAAUUUGUUAAAAUGGAUAAGUGCAACGCUUUACAAUUACACAGAGGUUAUUGAAAGCGAAUCAUGAAAACACUUGAGAUAUAAUUCCUGGAGGGCAAUGAACGUCAAUGGCUUUGUGGUAAUCGCUACUUUCUGGUGUUUAGUAACUAAUGAAGGUAAAAGGAUUCCAUAUACGAGAGAAAGUGAGCCUCUGUUACUUCGAAGAGGCGUGGCUCCCUCUCAUAUAAGAAAACAAUACAUAGAUACUUAUGGAGGAAAUUUAGCUGUGAAUGGUGGUGAUAACACCAUCACAAGUAGUGAAGUGUUUGGAGAUUCUGUGCAACAGCAAAAUUAUGUUAACGAGGAAAACCAGGUUCAAGGUAAUAUGUUACAAGGAGAUACUAUGACAACUAACAAUGGUUUGAUGAAUGACCUUGGAGCGAAUCAAGCUAACUCUUUGACUAACGAGUUUGCCUCAAGCAACGAAAACACAGAUGGUAGCCAAUUUAUCGGCAAUGGGCCGAUUUCAGGAAUGAAUAAAGCUCUGUAUAUGGCAGCAUUUGCAGGGGGAUCAGACAAUUCUGUUGGCCAAGGAUUUGGCAACAGUUUAAGUGCAAGCUUAGACAACUCUCUAAAUGGAGGGGAUCUUGGCGGAAGUUUUACAAGCGAUAACAAAUUAGGUUUGGGUGGUGGAACUGUUGAUAUAGGCGGAAGUAAUCAAGGAUUUGGUGCUUUGAAUGAUGGAAGUCACAUUGGUGGAGGACUUGGGAGUUUUGGAGGGAGCGAGACUUUCGAAGGAGGUUUAUAUGGUGGAGGUAAUGGAUUAGGAGAGGGAGGAUUGGAUAGUAACGGUUUGGGUGAAAAUAGUUUAGGAGAUGGUAAGCUUUAUGGAGGUGGUUUUGGAGGGAGCAGUAUCGAUGGGGGUAGUUUAGGAGUAGGUGGUACUGGUGAAGGCAGUUUCCAUGAUGCCACUCUUGCUGGGAGUUUCAGUGAUAGCAAAAUUGAUGAAAGUAAUGUUGGUGGUAAUGCCUUUAAUCCAAACGAGCUGGGAGAUAUUGGUGGGGGUUUAGGCAAUAACUUAGGAGGCGUAGGAAGUUUGAAUGGAAUCGAUGGGAUGAACGGUGGGUUGGGGGUCAGCUUGUCUAAUGAUUUGGGAUUGGAUGCUUUGGGUUCAAAAAUAGCGACAGGAAGUAAAGUAGAACAAGUCGGAUCACUUGGAGCAUCACAUCACACGUCUGGGUUAAAUGGUUUGCUCGGCAAUAAUGAAAUGCUCAACGAUAUAGCUUCCAAUAAUCAUAUGCCGUCAGAUAUGCAGUUGUCUAAUGCAAUCGAUGAAAAUCCUGCAAUGAUUCACACGGGUUUGGCAUCCAUACUACCAGGAAAAACAGUACAUGCUCACGUCAGCGAUAAACCAAGCAACAAAAAACCAGGCAUAAGCAAACCUUCGGUCAAUGCUGCUUUACAGGUUCAAAACGAAGCAAAGAAACAGCAUGAAAAACGCCUGGAGGCACUAAAAAUAAAGCUGAAGAAACUACGUGAAAGAUUGGAAAAGCUCCAACAGGUUGGCACGAAACAGGAUAAGAUUGAGAGCAGAAAAGAAAAAGAUGUCGAAGAGAUAAAAACAUUGAAUGAGCUACGAGUUGCAACAAAAGAUGCUAUAAAAGAGCUUCACGAUGACUAUCCUCGCGCUAAGAAAAAACAACUAACAUCAGCAAAGCAAGAACAUGAAUCAUCGAAGAAUAAGUUGAAAACAGUGGAUAUCACAGCCAAAGAAACUGGUGACACGCUGGAGCAGUUAUUAAAAUUGUUAGACCCAGAGAUUCAAAAUAAGAAACGUGGAAAUGUGAACAAAUUAAACCAUACAAGACUUGAUAAAAAAGCAAAGAGCAAGCUGGCAUCAUUGACAAAGAAAGCUGAAGACGGAGUAGGCAAACUCACGACACAUGAACCUACCGUAAAAACAGUUCCACAAUUGAGAGCACCAAAAGUGAAAAUCCAAGCAUUACAUGGAAAGCAAAAAUCUUUUAAAGAGAAAUUAAAAAAUGAAAGAAACCAAAAGGCCACAAAUAGUCUUAAAUAUAUAAGCUUGGGAUGUUGGCGAGAUGAUCCAGACAGGAUUGUCCCUAGUUUGGAAAACACAUCAAACUUAUUGAAAAACGGCUACAGAAUUCGACAGGAUUCCAUUAAAAAUGUGCACGGGUCGCACACGAGCAAGGCUUUGUGGCAUUUGCCUUAGAAAACGGAGGACAAUGUUUCGCAGGAUCGCAACUACUACAACGAUACAAGAUAUACGGUCACUCAAUGGAUUGUGGGAAGGAUGGUAGAGGUGGUGACUACGCAAUGGAAGUAUACGUCUUUCAGUAGAGAUAAUUUGGGAAGUUUAUAAUUGGUGUAGAUAAACAAUUUGGGAAAAGGAAAGCACGUUUUUGUCUCAAAUGUAAAUAAAUACUCUUUAUCAAGGAAGAAGCAUACAAUUUGAUCUAAACAGUGUUGAAACAUUGUCUAAUUUAUUAGUAAUAUAUUCAUGCUUAAUUGUAAUGAACGAAGUAGGUCUAUGUUUGGACAAGCUUUCGUGAAAAGAUUAAAGUUGAAUCGCGCUUCAUUCUUA